GUUAUAAUAAUUAAUAAGUUGCGGGACGGGAUAAUCGAAUUUCAGUCCAACAAUGGCGACAGCGAGACUCGUACACCUGAAAGCUGCGCUCCACCGGCGCACAUGGGCAUCGUCGCCUGCGCCGCCGCCGGCUCUUUUCCGCCUCCCAAACAUAGUCGUGCGAGCAUUUUCCACCACCAUGUCUCCGCCGUCCAAGGCCAUCGUCUACGACGAGCAGGGUUCUCCCGACGCCGUAUGCAAAGUGAGAGAACUCCCCCCGGUUCCAAUAAAGGAUAACGAUGUUUGCGUCAGGAUGCUCGCUGCUCCAAUUAAUCCCUCCGACGUUAAUCGGAUUGAAGGAGUAUAUCCAGUGAGGCCUCCGGUACCUGCUAUUGGUGGCUAUGAGGGGGUGGGAGAGGUACAUGCUGUAGGCCCUGCGGUUAAGGGGCUUGGUCCGGGCGAUUGGGUCAUCCCUUCUCCACCUUCUUCAGGUACAUGGCAGACGUAUGUUGUCAAAGAGCAAAGUGUAUGGCAUAGAAUUGAUAAGAGCACUCCUAUGGAGUAUGCUGCCACUAUAACUGUAAAUCCUUUGACUGCCCUGAGAAUGCUUGAGGACUUCGUGGACCUAAAAUCAGGAGAUGCUGUUGUUCAGAAUGGUGCUACAAGCAUCGUGGGGCAGUGUAUCAUUCAGCUUGCACGGGUUCGAGGUAUCCACUCUAUUAACAUUAUCAGGGACAGGGCUGGAUCCGAUGAAGUAAAACAAAAGCUCAAGGAGCUCGGUGCAGAUGAAGUGUUUACUGAGAGCCAGCUGGAUGUUAAAAAUGUGAAGAGCCUGCUGGCUGAUAUACCAGAACCCGCAUUAGGAUUUAACUGUGUUGGUGGAAAUGCCGCUUCGUUGGUUCUUAAAUUCCUGAAGUAUGGUGGAACUAUGGUUACAUAUGGUGGAAUGUCGAAGAAACCUAUAACUGUCUCCACUUCAUCUUUUAUAUUCAAGGACUUAUCCUUGAGAGGAUUUUGGUUGCAGAAAUGGAUGAGUUCUGAAAAAGCAAAAGAGUGUAGGGACAUGAUAGAUUACCUUUUGAGUCUGACCCGCUCUGGUGAACUGAAAUACGAGAUGGAGCUGUGUCCUUUUGAUCAGUUUCCCACAGCAUUGGAUAAGGCCCUUGGAAAGCUAGGAAGUCAACCCAAGCAAGUGAUCAAAUUCUAACUUCGAUAAAUUAUAAAGCAAAAAGGGAUUCCAGAUGACAAUUUGUAUAUUGUAGUCAGGACGAAGGUUUUCUUUGUUCAAGUCAAAGAGGGCACAGAAGAGCUGUAACCCAACAAGCAUUUCAUCAGAAUAGAUUUCCCUUUGAAUUGAACUCCCAUUUCCGCGUCUUGAUCU